AUUUUUCUUGGAAAUACAUUAUUUUUCAACGUAUUCCACAACCGACUUCUCAAUUCUUUACACACUUGUGCCUUGGCUCACAACCAUCCGCAUAACCCACAGCUCAAACCCCUGCCGGUUUGUGAUUCAUUGCGUUAAACCCAGGACAAAAACGUACUGAUCAGCUUCCAGCUCGCUGAUCUCUCUCUCAAUUAACCUGUUACAAUCGGUGAUCUCUUGCACCCAUGAGGAACGUCCUCUCUGUGCUCCCACCUACCUUCUGCGUCUUCUUCUUUUUCUUCAAUCUUUGCCACGCCUGGAUCGCUACUCCUACACCUCGUUACAUUCCCGUUGAGAAUAUUGCCAUAAACUGUGGCACUUCUGGCAACUCAACGGAUAUGGAUCAUGGGCGAAUUUGGAUUGGAGACGUGGGUUCCAAAUUCAGUCCCGUAGAAGAAAAUGGUAAAAAUUCUAUGAUCAACUCUACAUCAGAAACACAGGACCCCGCGGUCGGUAUCGUCCCCGUCCCCUACAAGACUGCCCGUAAAUCGUAUUUCCAAUUCACGUACGUGUUACCAGUCACGCCAGGCCCGAAAUUCGUUCGGUUGCACUUCUACCCACGUGACUACUCGAGUUUGGAUGGGAGUCGUGACUUUUUCACCGUCAAAGCAGGUUCAUACACCUUACUUGCCGACUUUAGUGCUUCUGAUACUGUUAAUGCAGAUGAUACUAUCCAACAUAAGACUCUUAGCAAAGAGUUUUGCGUCAUGGUACUUGAAAAUGAAAAACAAUUGAAUUUAAUGUUCAUCCCACGUCCAAGUACAGCUAAUGAUCAGUUCUAUGCUUUCAUUAACGGAUUUGAGAUUGUCUCCAUGCCAUACGACCUCUACUACUCUAGACAAGAAGAAAAUGGAAUUGGCAUCCCUUACAUUGGCCAAACCGGAGAACGAGUAUACAUUUCAACCGACAUGCCACUCGAGACAGUUUAUAGAUUGAAUGUAGGCGGCAACUCCAUACCACCAUCGUCUGACACUGGCAUGUUUCGAGAAUGGUCCAAUAUUGACGUGUAUUAUCGGUUGGGUGAUGCCGUAAUCAGUCGUGAACCAUUCUUGAAACUCAAUUACUCAGCAAUACCAAAUUACACAGCACCUGAUGAGCUCUAUCGAAGUGCGAUAUCAAUGGGUCCAAACAGAACCAGAAACUUGCUUUCUAACUUGACCUGGGAAUUACCUAUUGCGUCGGGAUUCAAUUAUCUGGUGAGGCUCCAUUUCUGUGAAUUAGAGUCCGUAAUAACGAUGCCCGGAGGAAGGUCAUUCACUAUCUAUAUAGAUAAUCAGACAGCUAAGGUAGCAGCUGACGUAAUUGAAGGUAAGGCUACGCCGGUGUUUCGGGACUAUGUAGUAAAGAUUGAAAAUAAUGGAUUGGAGGUCAAAAGUACCAUGUUCAUUGCUCUACAGCCUGGAAAAGCUAUCAAUUCAAUCAAUGAUGUCAUCUUAAAUGGUGUGGAAGUGUUAAAAUUGAGCAACAUAAGAACAAUCCUUGCCAAACCCUUGUCGACAGGUACGCGCCAUGAGUCCAAGUUAAAGAACACAAUUAUCAUUGUGACCGGAAGUGGUGGGGGCUUCUUGAUAUUGCUCACUCUGAUGUGGUUUAUGGUUCUCUCAAAAACGAGGAAAACCAACAGUUUUGGUUCAUACAGCUAUCCACUAUCAAAGUACUGCUGCUGCUGGCCCGACCCUAGCAAAAGAAAGUCAACAGGGACAAAAGCCUCGUCAGCCUCCGAUGAUUUUUGCCGCCACUUCUCACUGGGCGAAAUAAAAAUAGCCACCCGCAACUUCCAUGAAGAAUUAAUUGUCGGAGUCGGAGGCUUUGGCAAUGUAUAUAAGGGUCUAAUCGACAAAGGUACCGUGACCGUCGCCAUCAAGCGCUUGAAUCGAGAGUCACGACAAGGCGUCUGGGAGUUCAGGACAGAGAUCGAGAUGCUCUCCAGACUUCGCCAUGUACACCUUGUCUCCCUCAUCGGAUACUGCGAAGAGGAGGGCGAGAUGAUCCUCGUUUAUGACUACAUGGCCAACGGGACCCUCCGCCACCACCUCUACGACCUCAAAAGCAAUCACCUCCCGUGGAAACAGAGGUUGAAGAUUUGCAUAGGAGCGGCACGUGGUUUGCACUACCUACAUACGGGCGCAAACCAUCCAAUUAUCCACCGUGAUGUGAAGACGACCAACAUCCUACUGGACCAGGAUUGGGUGGCCAAGGUUUCAGAUUUUGGCUUGUCCAAAAUGAGUGUUGAUAACACUGAGGUUAGUACCAUGGUAAAAGGUACGUGGGGCUAUUUGGAUCCGGACUAUGCAAGGCGUCAGAAAUUGUCAGAAAAAUCAGAUGUGUAUUCGUUUGGGGUGGUGCUUUGGGAAGUAUUAUGUGCUCGAAAAGCAUUGGAUCAAAAACUGGAAGAAGAGCAAUGGAAUUUGGCUAAUUGGGCGACAAAAUGCAUAGAGAGAGGGAGCAUUGGUCAGAUCAUCGAUCCAUAUCUGAAGGGGAAGAUAGCUCCAAAGAGUUUCAAGGUGUACGUCGAGGUUGCGGAGGGUUGUGUGCGUGAGCAGGGGAUCCAACGGCCCACCAUGGAUGAUGUCAUGGAAAAGCUCCGAUUUGCAUUGGAGCUACAAGAGAAUGAAGAUGCUGCUAUAGACAAACUCAAUUCAGCCGAUGGGCUAACCUAUCCGAACUUGUUAUCAUAUCACUAUGUUGUAUAUAACGAGCACACGUCGGAAAUAGGAAGUAAUAGUGGGUUAACCACAACUACAAUUAGUGAAUCGACUCGCUUGGCACGGGACUCUAGCACUAUUCAAAGCAGCGAAGAAGGCACGACGGAUAGCCCCAUAGAGAUCAAAGAUAGUACUACUCACUGAGUUUACGGACUGCUAGUCUGCUACUAUGUGGGUGUGAGUUCAUGUAAUUUAAUUAGGUCGUGAAUAAAAAAUACUUUGCACAUAAAAAGUAGUUAAUGUUUAAGCCUUAAGGGCAAUUUUCCCAUUGGAUUGUCACGAUUGUCCAAGCUUUAGUAACUAAGGUUGUUGUUGAUAAGUAAA